AUGUCUCUUCUACUAACUUUGCUGUAUCUUAGUGAAUGGUUUGGUACUGAAGGUAUGAGUAAAAGAAUGUUUAUGUUGGAUGGUACAUCUGCAUUAUCAAGUAUGUUUGCCGGAUAUAUCCAAGCAGGAGUUUAUACAACUAUGAAUGGUAGAUAUGGAUUACCAGGAUGGAAAUGGGUUUUCCUUGUUGAUGGGUUUAUUAGUAUUCCAGUAGCAUUUAUUGGAUUUUAUUGUUUACCAGAUUUUCCUCAAAAUUCAAGAGCACCAUGGUUAACUAAAAAAGAUCGUCAAUUUGCAUUAGCAAGAGCUAAAAAAAUGGGUAGAGUUAAACCUGAAGCAUUAAAUUUGAAACAAAUUUUUGAAGUUGCCAUUAAUCCUAAGCUUUGGUUAUUUGUUGCACUUUAUGUAUUUGGAGUUAUUGGUUGUAAUGCAUUUUCAUAUUUCUCAUUGUUUUUAAAAUCUUUGGGGACUUAUUCUGUACAACAAAUCAAUAUAAUUCCUACUGCUGGGAAUGCUGUUCAGUUUGUCACUAUGUUUAUCUACGCUGUGCUAAGUGAUAUCAAUGGGAAUCGUAUAUUGUGGGUUAGUAUUGCUGCAUUAGUUGGGAUAUUUUCGUGUCUAUUACUUUCCAUUUGGGAUAUCCCAUUCAAACUAUUGAUGUUUGCAUUUAUCUUUGGAAGUGGAUCCAUUAGUCAAACUAUGGUUAUGGGAUGGUUUGCAGAAGUUUACUAUGAUGAACCAAACCUCAAGACAGUGAAUAUCGCAUUGGGAAAUGUCUUUACAUAUACAUUUAAUGCAUUUUUACCACUAGCCAUCUACAAGACUAAAGAUGCUCCACAUUUCAAGAUUGGUUACAAAGUUAGUUUGGUGUUUUAUAUUCUCGGUUUAAUCUUCGCCUGGAUUUUCUGGUAUGUCACAAGGAAACAUACUGCGAAAAGGAACAAACAAUUGGAGAUUGAUUCAAAGAGUCAGUUGGAUCAACGUGUAUAA